UGCGCUGUUUGAACGGCAGCUUCUACCUCGCCACCACCCGCCAGCUUUUGCCGGGCGCCUUCGGUUCUCCCGUGGCUCGAGCGCCGCCGCCGCCAUGUCGCUGGGAUCCGGCCCGGAGGCGGGUUUCUCCAGCGAGGAGCUGCUGACCCUGCGCUUUCCUCUGCACCGCGCCUGCCGCGACGGGGACCUGCCAGCUUUGUGCUCUCUCUUGCAGAGCGCGCCUCGAGAGAACCUGGCAGCCGAGGACUCCUUCUACGGGUGGACGCCCAUCCACUGGGCCGCGCAUUUCGGAAAGCUGGACUGUUUGAUGCAGUUAGUGAGAGCGGGAGCUACUGUUAAUGCCUGUACAACGCGUUUUGCCCAAACACCAGCCCAUAUUGCUGCUUUUGGAGGACAUCCUCAGUGCCUCAUCUGGUUAAUUCAAUCAGGAGCCAACAUAAACAAACAGGAUUAUGUUGGUGAAACUCCUAUUCACAAAGCAGCCCGGUCUGGUAGUAUGGAGUCCAUAAGUGCCCUUGUGGCUCACGGAGCUCAAAUAGACUUGAGAAAUGCCAGUGGCCUGACAGCAGCAGAUCUUGCAGAUACCCAGGGCUUCCAGGAAUGUGCUCAGUUGCUAUUGUACCUCCAGAACUGCCCGCUGAACCAUUUCUAUAGCAAUGGCACUUUAAAUGGGGCCCAUCAGAAUGCUAGCCCCAGUCUCCUCGGUAGAGGCAUAAGUCGAAAACGAUCCUUUGAAGAUAUGAACAGUGUUGGAAUGAAGAAAGCUAGGACUGAAGGUCAGAGUUUUGGUGGUCUGAUAUCUGUGAUAAAUGGAGGAACUGAAGAUGAUGCUGACAAUAUGCAUGUUGAUAGAGAAUUUCCUGUUAUAUCAGAUAUGAAUUGCAGUAACUCCAUAUUGAAUGCAUUGACAAAUGGACAUAUCGUCAAUGGACAUUUGGACUUCACUUCCCCAGCCCAGCUCAAUGGAAUGAGUGCCAGGCACGAAGAAUGCCUAACAUUGAUAGCACCUAAUGCACUAGCCUCUGCUAAUAAACAUACAGUCAAUGUGGGCAAUAAUGUUGAGGAACCAGAGAAGGUUGUAAACGGCUCUUCCGAAAUGUGUGGCUCUUUGCAUCUGAAUGGAAGCCCAAGUAGCCUUGUGUCAAGCAGGCCAUCAUGGGUGGAUGAUCUCGGAGAUACAUUGCACUAUGGACAUUACCAUGGUUUCGGGGACACUGCUGAAAGUAUUCCUGAACUUAACAGCGUUGUUGAACAUUCCAAUUCUGUUAAAGUUGCACAGAAAUAUGAUAAUACUGUCUUGGGUACAAUGUAUCUCUAUCACGGUUCCUAAAGUUGUCAAUACCACAUUUUGUGGGUGUCGGAACAUAUUUUGGAAAAAUACCACUUAAGCAAUGUAAUUUGCCUGGGGGCGGGCAGUAUAAUCUGAAGGAUGCAGCAAGUAACAGUUUUUACACCUUGUUUAAGAGAAUUUGACACUUGAUAGCCUUAUGCUUCUAGUUUUGCAUGCACAGAAUCCAUUAGUUAUACGAAUAGGUGCUUUUUCAAUGGAAUGUUUGGUCUUUUUUAUGACAAGUUCUAGUUUUGUACUUUUUUUCCUACGCUUAUAAACACUGUACUUUAGAACUUUUGUUUUUCACUUUAAUUAAGCUCUUUUAAAACUAAACUUUGUGGCAAGAAUCUCAUUUUUGAUAUUAGGAAAGUACAAAUUCUCUGAUUUAAGAUAUUUCUGUUGAGACUAUGGUAAGCAAUAUCAGUGCCAGCUAUGACUAUGCAAGGAGUGGGUGGUGACAGUAAAAGCAUUUGACGCAAUCUAUUUCCUCGCUUCUCAAAAGGAGUGGCUUUUCUUUUAGUAAGUUAAAAAUGAACUAAGUAGUGGUUGUAUAGUUCUUGAUAUGUUUUGUUUCAUAGUUAUAUUUGGGUUGCUGCUUUUUUUUAAAAAAAUGGUUAGCUUUUUGUGUUAUAAAGUUCACAAAACUGAUUCCUAGUAUACAACUGAAAGCAGAAAUGGGGCACUUUUUCCUUUUGCUUUGCUGCAGAUAUGCAUGCUAUUUUUCCAUAGCUCACAGAAUGGCAUGAUGGCACCUUUUUACUAUGUAUGUGAAUUAUU